CAGUGCAUUGUGCGGGAAGGGAAGGGUUCAAAUGAAUCAAAGCAUCGUUAGCUGUGCCUAUCCCACACGGCUACAAGCAGCACUCAGGCUGCCAACGCUCCAAAAAGCGUCGGGUUAGGUCCACAAGAACACGCCGACAUGACCUUAUUUUGCGGGCACCGAGGCCAACCCGCCCAGAGCGUCGUUACCAAUCGCUUCACGUUCGGGAGCUGCGGGGAUCGCAGCCUCUGAGCCACCGCCGCCUCGCUCGGACGCGACCGGAGCUCGGCACAUAGCGGCGGCCCUGCGGGCUGCCCUCAGCCGCCCGCCUGCCCCCGCCUCUCCCCCGUGCCGGCCUCGGGAACGCCCCGCAGGGCACUCGGGCGGCAGCCGUCGCGGCGUGACUCACGGCGGGGCCUCUCCUUCCCCGCCCGGGACGGCCCGGCGCAGCGCAGCGGACGCGUAGCGCGCAGAGAGCCAUGGCGCGGAGCCGCGCCGCUGUUCGCCUUCUCCUCCUCCUCUUCCUCCUGUGCGGCUCCGCCGCGGCUGGACCUACGUUCCUGGUGGUGGCUCCCUGGAAUAUCAGGCCCGGAGCCAGCGUCACCGUCGGGGUGGCCCUUCUGCCCGGCAGCCCCGCGCAGGUCGCCGUGCGGGGAGCGCUGCUCAGGGACAACCAGACCGUGCUCAGCAGGGAGCUGGUCUUCGAGAGAGAUUCCUUUGGGACUCUUGUUCUUCCAGUAUUGCCAUUGGAAAGUGCUUCUGGGACUUAUGAAUUACUGGUGGAAGGCCAUGCUGAUGGCCAGCGCGUCUUCUCUAACCGUACCAGCUUGAUAUACACGGCAAAGAGUAUCUCUGUAUUCAUUCAGACUGAUAAAUCUACAUACAAACCAGGACAGGAUGUCAUGUUUCGGAUUGUCACGGUCUAUCCUGAUCUCAAACCUUACAAAGCUUCUCUAAAUAUAUAUAUACGGGACCCUCGGAAGAAGUUGAUUCAGCAGUGGUUGCUGGAGGAGGGUGAUUUAGGUGUAGUUUCAAAAAAAUUUCAGUUAUCAAAGGACCCUCCACUAGGAGACUGGUCCAUAGACGUGGAAGUGAAUGGUCAAGUACAUUAUCAAAGUUUUAAAGUGAUAGAAUAUGUUUUACCAAAAUUUGAUGUUACGAUAACAACUCCAUUAUACUACUCCUUGAGAGAGAAAGAUGUAACUGGCGUUGUCACUGCAAAGUAUACAUAUGGAAAGCCGGUGAAGGGAAAUGUGACAGUCACCUGUCUGUCUGUCUCUUACUGGACAAACAAGAGGAACGUAACAAAAACAAUGGAGAUAAAUGGAUCUGUGAAUAUUACUUGUAACAAGCUCAUGUUGCAAAACUUGAAUGGGGAUCAGUCGUGGCACCACGGUGAUGAUGAUUACACUGAGCCAGUAGAAAUUAUUGCUGUGGUUACUGAGUCACUCACAGGAAUCUCUCAGAAUUCAAGUACUAUCAUAUUUCCAAAGCAAAGUGACUAUUUCAUUGAAUUUGUGGACUACUCUAGAGUCAUAAAACCUUCUCUGAAUUUCAUCGCUACUCUAAAGGUGUCACGUUCUGACAGCAACCAGCUGACAGCUGAAGAGAGGCAGAAUCUUGUCACAAUCACUGCACAACAGUCGGACUUGUUUUUUCACCAUUCUUCACUUUCUCACUUUGAGAAUGAGGCAACAGAGGAGAGAAAUAAGACUGUCCACGUCCUGAAUUACACAGUCCCAGAAAAUGGAAUUAUUGAUAUUGAGUUUCCAAUCCUAUCCAAUACAAAAACUUUGAGAGUUCAGGCAGAGUUCCUCAACAGUAAGACUGACAUAGGCGUUUAUGAUGUGUUCAGCUCUCCCAGUGAAACUUACCUCCAGGUUAAAACAAAGAGCCAAGAAGUGAAGGCUGGGAAACCUUUUGAACUAAAUAUUGAAAGCAACAAGCCAGUAAGAGAGUUCCAUUAUCUGGUGUUAUCUAAGGAACAAAUUAUGACUUCUGGCACAAUGGCUGCAAAAACAUUCAAUUUAACAGCAGAAAAUUCCUGGGCUCCUCUGGCAUGUAUACUUGUAUUCUAUGUUGAUGAACAUGGAGCAGUUGUAAAUGAUGCUCUUACGAUCCCUGUUCAGCCUGCUUUGGACAACAAGAUUAAAAUUUCUUGGAGCAAAGAUAAAGUCAAACCGUCUGAGAAAGUGUCCCUUAAGAUCAGUACAACAGAUCCAGAAUCAGUAAUUGGACUUGCAGUUGUUGAUAAAAGUACAAAGCUUCUAGGAGAAAGUAGUGACAUAACAGAAGAUUCUGUAUUUAAUGAACUCAAUUUAUACAAUACAGCACAGUAUUUCCCCUUGGUCAGAGGAUCCUUUGGUGUUUUUCAGAAAUGCAGCCUUUGGGUAUCAACUGAUGCAAUUCUUGAGGAGGAUAAAGAACAUUUUCUUUAUGAUGCAAUGAUACCCAUAGAGGAUGGCUUUGGUGAUGAUCUGCCAGUAGCUAGAGAUGGACCUCUGGAUUUCAGCACUCCAUAUGUGAGGACACAUUUUCCAGAGACUUGGCUUUGGAUCGAUACCAAAACUAGAUCUGAUGCAGAUACCACAAUGGAAGUCACUGUACCUGAUACCAUCACGUCCUGGAUAGCCAGUGCUUUUGUGCUUUCUGAAAAUGGUGGUCUUGGAGUGACAACUGUUCCAGCAGAGCUAGAAGCUUUUCAGCCUUUCUUCGUUUUCCUGAACCUUCCAUACUCUGUCAUCAGAGGAGAGCAGUUCAUUUUGGAAGUGAAUAUCUUUAAUUAUUUGAAAGAAGAAGCAGAGGUUAGUGUGAUCCUGGAUAUGAAUGAUGCUUUUGAAGUUAUUCUAACAUCCAAUGAAAUAAAUGCUACAGGAAAUCAACAGUCUAUAUUUGUACCAAGUGAAGAUGGAAAAACUGUUCAAUUUCCAAUCAAACCAAAACAGCUGGGAGAGAUUCCCAUUAAAGUGACAGCGAUAUCAUCUGCUGCUUCUGACGCUAUCAUGCAAAAAGUUUUAGUAAAGGCUGAAGGAUUGGAACAAGCAUAUUCUCAGACACUCCUUUUGGAUUUAACUGGGAGUAAACAACAAGCAGUGACAAAAACUUUGGAUUUCACUUUUCCUUCUGAUGUUGUAAGUGGUAGUGAAAGAGUGCAGGUCACUGCUAUAGGUGAUUUACUUGGACCUUCCAUCAAUGGCUUGUCAUCAUUGAUUAAGAUGCCUUAUGGCUGUGGUGAACAGAAUAUGAUCAAUUUUGCUCCGAAUGUUUAUAUUUUGCAAUACCUUACUAAAACGAGACAGCUCAGAGAGGAUAUUCAAUCAAAAGCUUUAUCAUUUAUGAGAAAAGGAUAUCAAAGAGAGCUGCUUUUCCAGAGGGAUGAUGGCUCUUUUAGUGCCUUUGGAAAUGAAGAUCCCUCUGGGAGCACGUGGUUAUCAGCUUUUGUAUUAAGAUGUUUUUUUCAAGCUCGUCCAUUCAUAGAUAUUGACCAAGAUGUACUCAUGGAUACAGCUAAAUGGAUUGUUGGACAUCAGAAAUCAAAUGGAGAAUUUCAGGAACCUGGCAAAGUGUUACAUAGUGACCUUCAAGGAGGCACCAAUAAUCCAGUCGCCCUCACAGCAUAUAUCAUGUCUUCCCUCCUUGGGUUCCAAGAUAAAGAGCAUGCUUAUAUCAUUAAGAGAGCUACAAACUUUCUGGAAGAUAAAUUAAAAGAAGGCAUUUCGGAUAAUUAUACAUUAGCACUUGUGACGUAUGCUUUGUCGUGGGCAAAAAGUACAAAAGCAAAGGAAGCCUUGAGUAUGCUGAAUGAGAGAGCAGAACGACAAGGAGAAUUUCGUUUCUGGAUAACACCUGCUUCUGAAAUUUCUGAUUCCUGGCAGCCACGAUCCAUUGAUAUUGAACUUGCAGCAUAUGCUCUGCUCUCACACUUUCAUCAGGACAGGCUGGAGGAAGGGAUUCCUAUUAUGAAAUGGUUAAGUCAGCAAAGAAAUCAUCUUGGAGGAUUUUCAUCUACACAGGACACUGUAGUGGCUCUGCAAGCCUUGAGCCUAUUUGCAGCUCUUACCAGUGCACACAAAACAGAAAUGGAUGUAACAGUUACUGCAACUUCUUUGGAAAUCCCAGAAAUAUUUUCAAUUGACACUCAAAACCGUUUUCUGCUUCAAACCAAGGAGAUUCCCCCGGUGCAACCGAUGACAGUUACAGUUUCAGCAGAGGGAAGAGGAUUUGCUGUCUUUCAGCUCAAUGUUAUUUACAACACAAAACACACUGAUCGAAGUCUCAGAUCUGUCCAAAAACAAAAAGCUUUUGACUUGAAUGUUGAUGUAAAGGAUGAUAAAGACGAUAUGAACCAUUUGACCUUAAAUGUGUGCACAAGGUACUUGGGGUCUGAUACAUCUCCGAGUAGUGGUAUGGUCCUCAUGGAGGUUGGCUUACUCAGUGGUUUCUCUGUGUCACCAGAUUUCAUUCCAUUAGACAAUACAGUUAAGAAGAUGGAAAAGGAAAAUGGAAAAGUCAACCUAUACUUAGACACUCUAAAUGCAACACAGUUUUGUAUGGAUAUUCCGACUGUGAGAGACUUCAAAGUGGCAAAUAUUCAAGAUGCUUCUGUGACUGUAGUGGAUUACUAUGAACCCAGGAGAAGAGCAGUGAGAAGCUACAAUUCAGAAGUAAUGCAAAGCAUAACCCCUUGUGACUUCUGUGAAAGUGAUUGCAACCUUUGCCACCGAGCUGGUUCUCCAGCCCUGCUUCAGCACUCUUCCUUGGCUUCCUUGUUCUGCGUGCUGUUUGUCCUUCAUGUAAACUUGAUGUGCAGUUGGGUGCUGUAAGAGAAAACAUUGUUUCACGUUUAAUGUUUCCAUAAAUUAUCCAAAGAAAAUUUUAAGUUCAGAUACUAGCCUGCCUUCAGUGAUUACAGUGACCUAACUCCUGCUGUGUUCAAGGAGAGCAGGUCUGGCCCAUAUGGUAAAUUUCUGGCUGUGCCAGAAAACUUCUUUAAGUGUUUGUUAGAAAUACUUUCCAAGUGUUAGUUUCAUACUGAAGUUAUUUUCUAAAGAAGCGAAGUUACUGAGAAAGCAGUUUGAGAAAACGUAAACCUAGCUCCCCACUCUGGCUUCCUUUCAUCCCAGUUUUCAUUUUUGCAUAUCUAUUUUUAGCAAUAUACAUUACAUUAGUUUACAUUGUUUUUCUGAAAAACCGUCUCCUUCUUUGGUAAACAGAGCACUGGGAGCUGGGUAUCAGAGCAUGCACUGUUCUGUUCUGCAGACAUGAUGCUUAAUAUUAGUAUUUAGCUUCUCUGUAUGCUCUCAUGGGGAGAAAUAUGAAAAAUAAAAGGAACUGGCUUCAGAGCUGAUCCAUGAGCCAAAAAGAACUGAGUUCACAAAGUGCUGAACAUUCCAGAAAAUUAUCAGUCUUUUUUAAAUGAUUACAGAGAAGCCAGGUGAAUUUUUUGCCAAUUUCUAAUUAAUCGUGUUUGAAAAUAAUGCCUCCGGAUGUUUUCAUGGAUUUUACUCUGCAAGUCUUUUACUGUAAAUCAUCGAAGAAGGAGUCUGAGACUUUGUUUUUCCAGGGUUCUCUUUCCUUGUGAGAAUACUUGUGUUCCCUGGCAUAUUUAUGGCCACCGGGAUGAAGGUUGCCUUGAUCCUCGUCUGCUUCAGGAAGCUUUCUAGAAAUGUCACUCUUUGGGGGAUCAUUAAUGCCUUGCAUAGACAAUAUACAAGUCUUUUUGACGAUUUAAGUGCCAUAACUCUCCAACAGCUGUUCUGUUGCCAUGUCAGCUGGUUGACUCUGAGUGCCAUGUGUUUGUGUAAGUCCUGUUUUUGUUGGUGGAAAGGUUUUUAGGAGUUGUGGGCUCCACAUGCAUUCUGAUCAGUGAAACACUAAACAUAUUUGUUUAACAUACAUAUCCUUGUAUGUUUAAGUGCCUUGCUGGAGUGGGAGGGAAAAGAGGGAUGGUGAAGCCUUUCUGGAACAGCAGACAUUUACACCCAAACCUUCUCUUUGUGCAUUGGGAGAAUUAAAUACGGGUGUGGAAAUGAGUACAUUUGAGAACCCUACAAGUGAACACCUUCCUGAAUGAAGCUCUUCACUGUCUGGCAACCAAUUUAACCUUCUUGCAUACUGCCUUUGAUAUUUAAUGCUUACUUCUUUUUAAUAAGAAAGCCGAUAACAUUUCUGCUUAUUGAAAUGAAGUUAAUUACUGUUAUGCUGACAAUAAUAGAGUUAGAAAUUUUAAGGCUAUUCUUUUUUUCAUAUCUUUCAGAGACGGAGUGUGUAUGUGUACACAUGUAAUUAUAUGGUAGUCACUUUCUUGAUCAAUUUCUAAUUUUUAUUCAAAUUUUGCUACCGCUUAAAAUGUAUAUUUUUGUAUUUUAUGCUUAUGUGUAUUUUUGUUCAGAAAAGGAAAUUAGAUCAUGGUAGCAUGGGAAGAGGUCGGAAUUUCUUUAACCCUGUGCCUUUUAAUAAUGAGUUAUAGCUUGUUACCUACAAAGCUAGUUUGGGUGUGGUUAUUUGUUUUACUUUACCUGUACUUAGAAUUUGAAAUAUUUUUACAAACUUGGGAUUCUGUCUCUCUGACAAAGUUAUGGUUUUUUUUUGUAGUCUGUUUGUGCUUUUCACUCGUCAUUGGUGCCCUUUGAGUAGCUGAUUUGUGCCUUAUGAGUUUCUGUGCUGUUCUGAUAAUCUCAAAGUGAUAUUGUAUGUAUUGAAAUUCAAAGCACUGUUUAGUUGAUAGAAUGCAGAUGUAACCCUCUGUAAGACAUGUCCUUCCUUAUAGGGAUCCAAAGCUAAUUGAUGCCAAGAUAGAAAAAUGACAUGUAUCUUUGUGUCUCAAAUUCUUUACUCCUAGGAUUGAAUUGUGUCAAACGUAAGAUGUGGAAAACAUUCACACGCUAACCUGGGUAUGUUUCACUACGGGUUUCAAUUCCUGAUGAACUAGAAAAGCAGCUAAUCUUUUGCCUUUGGGGACAGCAGCCUUGACAUGUCAUUUGCUUUCCUUUGCCAUAAUUUCAAGAACACAAAGCUCACAUACUUUCAGUUAUGCCAUAUGUAGAGCUUCCAAGAUGGGCAGAGAUAUCUGAUUAAUGUUAUAAUGAAGAGGUUUAUUUUUUACCAGAGAUGUACUGGAGAUAACCUACUCCUUUGCAGUAGAUAGCAUGAAUAUAAUCAUAGUUUUAUUUUGCACACAGUCCCAUCUUCCUGAAUACCCUCUGGAGAAAUAAACUCAAACUGCUCUGCCUAACUUCAGAGAGAGCAACUUUUAUUAGCAUUACCUUGCAUUUAUUUUUGAGACAAACAACACAUGUUUUUAAAUGACUCUUGGCUGCCUUGUACACCCUACUAAGAGGCAUCAGUCAUAAUGCACCGUGUCACGGAAAUUGUUAUUCAGUGAACAAACAUCCUUUUUUAUUUUGUUUUCUAUAAUGUAGUAUUUCACUUCAGACAUCCAAAUCUGCCUCUGUAGUAAGCUAAAGGCACCACGUACAGCAUGACUUUAAACAAAUGUCUACCUUAGGUGGCCUUAACUUCCAUGCUCUGCUGCCUUGAAAGAUGCCUUCAGUCACUUUGCACUGACUAUUUUCUUGAAUAAGUUGCAGAGGAUUUUGUAUUGCAUGUUGGCAGUGAAUGGGACAGAGGAAAGGCAGCACUGUGGCACAGUGACUCAGUGUUUUCCUCUUUGUCGGAGCCUGUGCAUAAAUGCUCAUUCUGUGUAUUUUUUCCACUGAUCCGUACAGUCAGUUCUUGAUGUUAGAAAUUACUAGGAAACCUUUUAGUAAAAAGUCUUUAGGAAAACAUCGAACAAGAUCUUUAAAAGCUUUAAAGUGGUGCUAAAAGCAGUCGGGAAAUGAUAUUUCAUAAUGGAGGCUUCCUAUUGCAUUGCCUGAACACUUUUUGUGUGGUUGCUCUUUGUUUGAAGUCUGAGUACUCUCUGGUACAUCCAGUGCCCUUUUCAGCUCUAUGUUAUCAAUGGAUAGUCUAUGCAGAACCAUGAACCUCGUAUUAAAUCAGCAAGAAAUAAUCAUUUAUUUAAGACUGGCUUUGAAGCAAAACCUUAAUGCAUUUUAAAGGAUCUCUCUCCUCUCUUGACUGUCAUCCACAAUCCCACAGGUGAGCUUUUCUGUACAGAAAAGCUGUAUGUCAUCUAAAAGCCUUCUGUGCUGAAUGCUGCUGUACACAACAGGAAGCGCUUGUCCUGUGACAAGUGCUGCAUAACGGGUUCACAGCAACUUCAAGUUUGCCAGGACUGCUCAAAUGCCUGGUUUGUUUCCCAGCAUGGCAUCUUUGUGCCCCAUUUACUUCUCAAACAAGAGCUUGCUGGCUUGUGCACAUCAGUGGCACAUGAUAAAGGAGAAAACUAGCCACACUAGUGCAGGAGAAACUGAAGAGUCAGGAUCCAACAUUACUUGCCUAUCUUGCCUAUCUUUUGGCUUGAAAGUCACUUCUUAAUAUUGGAUGUGAGAUUUUAGAAUUGCUUUUAGUAAGUUUUCAAAAUACUGUCCUAACAGUAUUUCUCCAAGUGUGUUCAGGUCGGUAUGAAUUUUGACAAUAUUUGGUGCAAGCAGAUUUAUGUAGAAAGCAUAUGUGUAUAUAUAUAGCUGUUAUAUAGGCUCCACUGUACUACUGUGUGCAAUCUAUGUGCAAUUAAAGCAUACAAGAUCUUCACAAAGUAGCCAAACAUUGUAUGAUAUUCUGUUUUGUAAAAUACACAUCUAGAAUUUUAGGAAAGAAGAUAUGUGGAAAGCAACUGAUGCCUAAUGGAAUCAUUUCUAGAUCUCAAACACUAACCAAAGAGGACAAAAUCACCCACUUUAUUCAAUUUUAAUCUUAACGGUCAAUGUUUUUUCUUAUAGUUUUUGUUUUUCUAAUACAAAUCUUUGUUCAGUAAACCAUCUUUGUGUUUAGUGUUGUAAGUACAGAGGAGACUUUCAAUUCUAUCACCAGUAAUUUAUAGGUAAAAAUUUUGUAAUUUAUAGACAAAAAUAAAACAGCAGUUUUGUGACCAGGCCUUUUGAGUUUGUAUUAGACUCUCCUUUUCCCUAUGUCAAAAUAAAUUUUACUUCAAUAUUAUUUCUUACUCAGUUUAUUGUACUUUUUUGUGCCACUUGAAAAUAUCAUUGCACUAAUGCUAUUUUAUGCAAUAAGGUCUGACAUUGUGCUGUGUUAGAUAAAUCCAGUGAUCAUUUUUCCUAAUGGGUAGCUUUUUCUUAUCGGAUGCAUUGGAGUGCUGUUUUUCUAUGUGCUAUAGAAUCACCAGAACUCCAAUGCUAAGAUUUCUCUUUAGUUUCAUAUGAUGCAUUUUGUUAAUGUAUUUCUUAGUUUAUCCAAAAGCUUCAUCAGCCUUGCUCAGAUUUUGAGGUGUUUAUACUAUGAAUGGAUUUUUUGUGAUGAAUUCUAGUAUUGUUAGAUUGGGUGGAAUAUUAAUAUGAGGAAAAAUAUAAAAAUGCUGGCUCAAAGGAAGUGGCAUAAAUGCAGAUAUAACAAAGCAAACUUUAACUGUCCUACUGGCCGUUGCAUCUCUUGUUUUUCUAUGUCAAGCCUUAAGCAAUUUGAACUAAAUUUCUUGGCUGCUUGAGACAUAGACAGAAAUGCACUUUGAUCUAUAUUACGAUCAUCAUACAUAAUUUCACUUUUGAUCAAAACAGAAAUAGUAAAAAAAAGAAAAAAAAAUCCUUUAUGAUCUGUUUCGAGUAAAUGGAGGUGAACUAGCAUGGUUGUGUCCUUUCAAUUAACAGAACAAAUAUUAAGGAAUUAAACUGA